AUGGCGAGCUCGGGAAAAACGGCCUGGGGCACGAAUCACAGGGGCCUGCAGCUCAAUUUGCUGCAGCUCUUCUCCCUGUGUCACCUUCUCCGACGUCUUCUCCGUUGAGUGAAGGCGCAGUGACCCCCAAAGUGCGCCUUCGUUCGCCUGUCCUGCCUCCAGUACGCAGCAAAGAAAGAACGGAGACCUUUGCAUGCAAUUUGACGGCUUCUGUGUGUCUGCUGUGUCUGCGUCAUGCAGGCCUGCCUGGAUGGCCGCCGAGAGGCCGCCCCGUGGGCGGCCGAGGGAGUGGCCCCGAGGCGUGACCCAUCUGCACGGCACCUGGAUGACCACAGACGGCAUUCAGGCACUCGAAGCAUGCGUCAGCCCCAGCACCAGGAAGGCAUCCUGGAAAUCAAAAGGGAAGCUACUCGCGGCGGCCAACAGCGGCAGGGCGGCCACCGUGGCUGCCGACAAGGCAACCAAGAUCAACGCGCCCCUCAGCAAGCGGCGUGUCAACGGCCUUGACUACUACGGUGUGUCGUUCCCAUUGCCGGCCUCGCAGCGGCGGAAUAUCAUGAAUAGCAUCGAGCUGACGCCCUACACGGGAGUGGACGCACACCAUCUCAAGGAACAGAUUGCCGACGCCCUCACCAGCGACUCGUCCUGCAACUACACGCGCGUCGAGAGGAUCAGGGACCCCCACCAUCCCGCAUACACCUCCGAUACGCCAUCCUAUCGGGCGGUGCUGUGCUUGCCUAGGCAGCAGGAGCGCAUCGGGGCGAACUGUAUGGUGGGGAUGCCCUACGGUGGCUUGCUGAGGACUGAGGAGGAGUGUGAGAAGCUGAAGGAGGCCGACCGGCUGUCAUGGCGGUAUGUGUAUCGGCUGGAGGAGCCCUGUGAGGGGUUUGUCAUCGACGGACUGGACGCCCGCAACGCUGCAGGUCAGGUCCCUACCAUACCCCACAGACACGCAUGACGGUGUUGUUCGUAUGGGUCUUUCUUUCUGAUUGCGCAGGGUGCAUCAACGAUCCUCAUUUCUUCAUCAAAGACCGUGACUCCAACGUGUACUCAGUACGUGCAAAGCAAUGUCGAUUAUACUCCUGCUGCGCACAUCAAUUGGAGGAGUGGAAAUCUCGUUUGACUCGUCAGCAACCCCUGAGCAUUUGGGGCAUUCCGUAUGUCUUCAUCCUCACCGAGCGGCCGAUCAGCGACGGGGAAGAGUUGCUCCUCGACUACGGUGAGGAGUACUGGAUAGAGCUCAGCCAGGCACACGCCAAGACAGCCACCGAGCUGAGGAAGGAGGUACGAACCGGGCCGUGGUGGGCGGGGGACUUGAUUGACGUAACCAAGGGGCCACAAUCCGUGUUGGUGUAUUUGUUGCGGUGGUCAUCAGGUGCGUCGCUUGUCAAAUCAGCUCGAGGGGGUGGAUCGGCUGCUGGCGCUCGAGGAGGCCCGCCAGGUCGACGGGUCCAUGCAGACGGAUCCCUCCGUCAGCCACACAGCAUCGCAGACCGCACACGACACCCAGGACGGCUUCGAGUGCCCCUGCCAGCAGCCAGCCAGGCAGCAUGCAGCCGUCGGCGUGAAUACCGACGGCAUCGAAUGGACUCCUGUACCGACGCAACGAAAGAGACGGCGCGAUGAGGAGGACCAAGAGGAGGAAGACAGCGACUAUCUCGGCGAUGGCGAGUCCUCUGAAGGUGCCCCCAGCUGUGCCGCGAGCGUCACGGAUGACAGUAAGUACCAGCCGUCUCGUGACCCAGCCCGUGAGGCGAGGGCGGUCUUCCGUGAGCUAAAGAGGGAGGGCGGGGCAGAGCUGCCGGCUGGGCUAACAGGCGAUUGUGAGGUGAUGGGUUGCGUCGAGGCACUCGUCUUCGACGACGAUGACGAUGCUGCUAGCGAUGAUGCGGCCGACAGUGCGACAGAGGAUGCGGCCGAUAGCGUGAUGGAUGAGGAAAUGCUCCUGGCGACUGGGGUGGUCGAGGAGGAAGAAGUGGAAGAGCCCCCGACGAGCAACGACCAACUAAAGCCCAUCGAUCCACAGCACAGGUCAGUCAGCACAAGAGAGAGAAAGGCGUCGAGUGCAUGUGGCGGUGUGGAGAGCUUCCUGUGGUUGUCGUCUUUGUCAGGCCGUGUUCAGUGCGUGUCGACGCUGGGGCCACACAAAUGCGACACCACCGACUCGAUUGCGACACAUCGGCGGCGGCAGCAGCAGCUGAGUGUGUCGUCAGCGCCGCUGUUGAGGACCAUCGUGCUGCCAAGAUGGCGAGGUCACAAGCGAUCCUGAUGCAGCAUGCGGGUGCCGGCUGGGAGUGAUGGUGCUAGCACUGUAUGUGUGUUUCGUGUACAAAGCGGUGGGUGCGGUGCAUGUGGAUACGUGAGAUGCUUGUGUGGUGGUGUGUGGGUGGAUUUGGUUUAUGUAUGUAUUGGCAAACGAAACGGGUAGAUGUUUGAGAGACAGACAGCAGCAUGGCGUGGGGUGUGGGGUGUGGGGGGGCUGAUGAAAUGACCUGUCAUGUGUGUGUGAAUGUGUUAAU